AUGAGGGACGCCGCUGUUGGCUUCGUGAUAUUUUUUGUUUCUGCUGAAGACAGAAGUUUGGAUUUAGUUGUCGAAAUUGAGACGACUUCUCCUAGACAUUGGCAGAAGAAAUACAGAGCCUAUUCAGCAGAAUCAUUAUUAAAUGCUUACAAGGCUGUUAAAGAUCAAGGUGUAGCUGUUAAGAGAGCAGCUCUACAGUUUGGGAUACCAGUACAAACUUUGAGAGACAGAGUUAAAGGUUACAUUGACCCUGUUCAUUUUAAGAAAACAAAGGAAACUUGUUUUAGAGAUGAUGAGGAACUGACCCUUGUUGAACAUGUUGAGACCAUGGCUGAGCUUGGGUAUGGAUAUAGUAAUACUCAGCUACAGCAUGCUGCUGGUGAAUUAGCAUUUGACCUGGGGAAAAAGAGUACCAAUAAACCACUUAGUAACAAUUGGCUAUAUGGCUUUCUUAAAAGAUGGCGUAACAGAUUAAGUACAUUGAAACCAUCAAAACUUGACAGCAACCGUGCAAGGUCCACCACACCUGAAUGUGUUAAGAAGUAUUAUGAAAACCUUGCUGCUAUUUUUAAUAAAUAUAACCUACACACAAAGCCACAAAACAUUUAUAACAUUGAUGAGACUGGGUUACAACCAGACCAUAGACCACCUAAUGUAAUUGCUCCUACAAAUAGUAAACCACAAGCUAUAACUUCUCCAAGGUCUACAACUACUACAUUGAUUGGCUGUGCAAAUGCAGCUGGUAAUUCUCUGCCACCGUAUUUUGUAUUUAAAGGAAAAAGAUAUAACCCUGACUUGAUGAAAGGAGCUACAGUAGGCACAGGUUACUCAAUGUCAGACAGUGGAUGGUCAAAUGCUGUCAUCUUCAGAACAUAUCUUGAAGACCAUUUCCUUCCACAUGUGAGAGGUCAAUUAAGUGUUGAUAACCCUGUACUAGUUCUGUAUGAUGGUCAUGCCUCUCACAUUAAUGAACCACUGGUCAAAUGGGCAAGAGAACAGAACAUCAUACUUUUUGUUCUCCCUGCACACACAUCACGUAUACUGCAGCCUCUAGAUGUUGGCAUGUUUGGCCCACUGAAAUCAUUUUAUUACACAGAAUGUGCAAUCUAUAUGAAUAAAUACAUGGGUAAAACUAUCACUCGAUAUGAAAUCUGCCAGCUGGCUUGUAAGGCUUACUUGAAAUCCAUGACUCCAAUCAAUAUAUUGUCAGGUUUCAAGAAAAACUGGAAUAUUUCCACUUUCUCCAGAAGAAGUACCUAUGCAAAAGUUGCUUCCGUGUGA